AAAAACAUAACUUUUCAAAAUAUAGGGAAAAAAACACAGGAUUACAUUUUGCCACAGACUAUAUAGGAUUAAACUAAUAUAUAGUUAAUGUUUGAAAAGGUUUGUACUCUUUGAACGAGGCUAGAAAUUUAGCCUUUCUCUUUUUGUGUUAAUAAGGAAAAUGGGUCUUAAUAAAGAGUAUUGCUUAGUUUUAUUUAAAUAACUAAUAUAAUGUAAAUAUUGGGGUUAAAUUAAUUUCACAUUCUUAAAAGGUGCAUAAUAAACAGCUACUUUCAAAAUACUUCUCGGUUGAUAAUCAUCUGUCAGGUUUAAAUUUACAUUAAGGAAAAAAUUCGAUUUCAACAAAUACAUUUUUCUAUUACAGAUACUUCCAGAUGGAAAGAAUGCAUUGAACAAAAAAACAAAACGCUUGCUUCUCAGCUUCUUGAAUUAGGCAUACUUCCCAGAAGUAAAGAAACCCUUGAUGAAAUAUGUUCAGUAUUUCAAGACGAGAAGGAUUUGAUUUUGCAGUUAUGUAAUGAUAUAUGCAAGGAAAUUGUCAAGGCAAGUGACGGAGUAACACAUGUUUGGGCAGCCUAUACAUUGGAGAAUGAAGCGAAUAUAACGUUUGUUAUUCAUACUGACAAGAACCACAAAAUUGAGCCAUGUGGUGGGUAUAGAUAUGUUCAAAGAGUCAACAAAAUAUUUAGCUCUGAAGGUAAGGACAUACUUGCAGAUCCUAAAUAUUUAGAAACCAAUUUGACAAAAGGAGAAAGAGAAACCAUUUGCAGAUGUAUAAAGGUUAACAGAAAAGAAUUAAUGAAAAAUCAUAAAUACCUCUCCAUAAUUACUGCAAGUCCAGUGAGAUCUCGAAAUUACAAGCCAUCCUGUCUAACUUUAAUUCCUGAAGCAUGUAUCUGUCUUUAUGUCCCAGUGAAAGGCUAUAUUCCUAUUGACGAAGUGCCGUUUAGAACCAGUUACAAUAAUAUCAGAACUGAUGUGAGAGAGGGAAUAUUCACACCCUACAUGCAUUCUCAGGAUACGGAGGAUUGCCUACGGUUUGGAUGUCAGAUUGAAAAUUCACCUUUGUGUGAUACACCGCAAAGUGGCGCGCUUUGCGGUUUCAUUGAACACCCUAGAUACGGUACUUGUGGAAUAACCUCCGCCCAUGUUCUGCUGAAUCAUGAGAAGUUUGAAAAACUUAAAAGAGAAGGGGAAAUAGUUUCGCCCUUAUUUCCGGAAAAUAGGUCUCUUGGUUACGUAUAUUGGCGUUGUAGUGAAAAACAAAUACGAACUGGUGAAAUUGUCCGAGCAUUGUAUUGUACAGGUGACGAAGAAGAAACCGGAUAUGAAGUGACUUUAUUUAAAGUCACAAGUGGACGUCCUAAAACAGGACAAUUUUAUGGAGAUGAGUGUGAAACGUACAAUACCGGAUUUACCUACGACUAUUUAUGGAUGGCUGAUUCUCCGUUUGUCUUUAAAUAUGGAUGGAAAACAAAAAAAACAGAAGCUAAAUUUGACGACGAUAAUAUCUGCGUUUCUGUUAAAACAGCAAAUGUUGUUCUUGGGGAAACCUUAAGUUUUGAGUUGCAUGGUCAGCUGUCGGUUACUUCUAAGACAUUUGCAGACAAAGGAGAUUCUGGUGCUCCUGUGUUAACAAGAAGACAUGACGGAGAAAUUGUUUGUGUUGGCAUGGUAACGGGUGGUACUUCGUUUGGGGAUACAGUAGUUACACCAAUUCGACCUAUUUUGAAAGCACUUAAAGUUUCAGGAUUGAAAAACUUUGAAACAUCAAACCAUGCAGACAGAUUAGAUCAAAUAGUAGGCAGUCUGCAAAAGAUGGACACUAAACUUGAACAGUUAUUAAAACUUUCGAAGAGUCAAAAAGAGGAAAAGAAGGAAGGUCAGGAUUCCGACACACAACCCGGGCUUAAUAGCUAUGAGGAGAUCAACAUAAAUUCAGAUACUAAAAGUGAAAUACUCAAACGCAAAGCAAACUCUCCUAAUUUAAAUCGUAAGAAGAAGAAAGAGUAAACCUAUCAACAGACAGGAUCAAGCUACAAAUGAAGAAAACAUCUCAAUGUAUAGUACAAGAGUGACUAAAUAAUCUUUUUAUUAAACAAAGGAUAUCGUUUCGUCUCGUUAAGAUUGGAAGCUGAGCUACAAUACGUGUUCUGUCAUGUUAUUCCAUUACUGUUUGACAAUAUAAUAUACAUACAAUGCAUAACUUUUACUCGAACUUCUUCCAAACGAAAAGCAGGAUACCAUGUUAACGAGCAUUUGUUGACAUGUUUUCAUAAUGUUUGCCUCUACAAUAUCUCUGCUUUCUUGCAAGCUAGACAUUAUUUUCCCUUGUUCUUGUUUGUGCUGGUGUAAUUCGCCUUACACCUCGGUUGAAAGAUGACACUAUUAUUGAAUGCAUAAAACCAUACGCUACUGUAAUAUAAUUGUACUUGAAAUCAUAGUUUCGUUUCAUUUUAUAUCUCAUAUUAUUUAAAGAAAAUGGUAUGCAAAAAUAUAUAUCACAGGUAGAUGGGAAUAUCUGGCUCUAGGGUGUUCUAGCAAGGAAGAGACUCGUUACAACCCAAACAAAUGCCCUCGACCAAAGAUAUGUCGAUCCGCAAAUCAAACUACUCAAAAAUUUAAUCUUUUGAGGUCAGUUAAAUACUAAAUGUGAAACGAUCAAAUUUGUAAAACUAUUUGUAUGACCUUCCCACAAAGUAGAGAAAAAAUGUCCGCUGACUCAUCCGUGUCCUUUCCGUAACCAAAUUUCAUUUUUUCCUGACCAAAACUGACUGCGUUAACAAAAGCUUUUCUGGUCAUCUAUUAUCUCCAUUUUUCCAAUCAGCCAACUAUCACCUCCUUUACUGUGGUAAAGAUAAACUAUGUACAUCAGUAGUAUUGUGUUGGUAAUGUCUUGUUUAAUGUUCCAUAUUUAUUGUCUCAAUUUUUAAUGUCAAACUUAGUUGCCGAAUAAUUAUUUACAUCUACCCCAUGUUUUCAGUUUUUUAAUUUGCUUCUUUUCAACGAAUCUUUAUCUUUCAGCUUUGUGUGUGUGUGUGUGUGUUAGCUAUGUUCUAAGGUUUUAUAUUUUAAAACAAUGAUAUAGCUUGCUAUGAAAAUGGCCUUUUACUUUAAACGACCGAGUACUCAUGGCCCUUAGAUUACUAACAUGAAUUUGGCAGUUUUCUUUGUUGGAUUUGGUAGGUCAAAGAAAAUAUCUGUGAAUUUAUUUUAAAGGAGAGUUUUCUGGUAGGAAAAAUUCCCACUGAAUAAAUAUAGGUUGGUUAUGACAUUGUAUGUUUGUAUGGGUGAAAGAAAGGGCAUGGAGUAUGACAGGGGAAUCUUAGACGAAUAAAAAAAAAGAUACAUUUAGGAAUGUGUUGCGUAAUGUAGGAUGUGAUGAUGAGUUUAGGGGAUAAUGUGAGCAGGAGGAUAAUGAUGUUAUACUAAUAUACAAUAUCAACAAUCACAAUAAACUAGUUUUGUCAAACAAAUGUAAUGCUUGAGGAUAAUGUGGGUAGGAUCUUUCAUGAAAUUUGGUAAAGGUCACCCAUGAAACGACUGUGAAUAAUUAUUUUACAACUGGGUCAUCGACUGCUAAUUUAAAUGUUGUUUUUUGUUUGUAAUUUGAAGCAAAACGUACUGGUUCUUCAGUAUGGCAAUAUGUUUAGUGAAAAAAAAUUAUUAUAUUUGGUAGAGAUCACUAAAGAGACAUUGCUGGGAAAUUAGUUUGAGAGCGGGACGGCUGUUUCAGAGAAGACGAUUUUCCAUAGAACAACAUGUGGUAUUCCACCAAAGGGUAAACUUGCUUGGUCUUUAAAAAAACUUUAGGUAACAGAAAAGCAAGUCAGCAAAUAUAAAUAAUACCACAUUUAUUUAGACACCAGGCCAUCAAUCGCUCACAUGAGUUUAGUUUCUUGCUUGAACAAAAUCCUUUGCUAAGCUUAAAAAGGAUAGGUGAAUAGGUCAUGGUAUUCAAAAUAACUAAUUGUACUGUAGUAUAGUUUAUCUGUCAAUCUAAAGCCAGACUUUCUAAGCUCCGCCUACAUAUUAUAUUUCAUUGUAGUAUGAGUAAGAUCUUUAUCAGAGUUUAAUCAACAUGCAAUCGUAGCUGAUCAUUAAAAUGUAUAUUAUCAUAGACAGUCUUUAUUCAUUUAAUCUUCCCAUGCAAUUAUA